CCAGAAUGCCUCUGAGCGGCCGCUCUCUCCUCCCCGCCUCGCUGGUUGGGGCACAUGCUCCGUGCGUGGGGCCGGCGCGGUCUCCUCCGCCUCGUCAGCAGCGCGGGGCCUCCCGGUCCCCCCGGCACCCCCAGCAUGGCCCCCCCGACAGGUAACCUUGUGGACAGCCAGGCCCCCAGGCUGGUGGCAAAUCAGCUGAGAUGGGACCUGACUGCAGAGCAGAUCGAGAACAUGGCUGCAGAGCUGACCGAGAGGACCAAGCUGGUGUAUGACCGGGUGGGCUCCCAGGAGCAGGGUGAGGUGUCCUAUGAAAACACCCUCAAGGCUCUGGCUGAUGUGGAGGUGGAGUAUACAGUGCGCCGGAACAUGCUGGACUUCCCCCAGCACGUCUCCCCCUGCAAGGACAUCCGGGCAGCCAGCACUGAGGCUGACAAGAAGCUCUCAGAGUUUGAUGUGGAGAUGAGCAUGAGGCAGGAUGUGUACCAGAGGAUUGUCUGGCUCCAGGAGAAGGCAGAGAGUGCUUCCCUGAAGCCUGAAGCAAAGAGGUACCUGGAGAGGUUGAUCAAACUGGGGAAGAGAAAUGGUCUCCACCUCCCUGAGGAGACACAGGAGAAAAUCAAAGCUAUUAAGAAGAAGCUGAGUGUGCUUUGCAUAGACUUCAACAAGAACCUCAACGAGGACACCACCUUCCUGCCCUUCUCCAAGGAGGAACUAGGAGGGCUCCCCGAGGACUUCCUGAACUCCCUGGAGAAGACAGAGGAUGGCAAGCUGAAGGUCACCUUGAAAUACCCUCACUACUUCCCUCUGCUGAAGAAGUGCUACGUGCCUGAGACCAGGAGGAAGGUGGAGGAGAUGUUCAACUCCAGGUGCAAAGAGGAGAACUGCUUGAUCCUGAAGGAGCUGGUGGACUUGAGGGCUCAGAAAGCCAACCUGCUGGGCUUCAGCACCCACGCAGACUUCGUGCUGGAGAUGAACAUGGCCAAGAGCAGCCAGGCGGUGGCCACCUUCCUGGAUGAGCUGGCCCAGAAGCUGAAGCCCCUUGGGGAGAAGGAGAGGGCUGUGAUCCUGGACCUGAAGAAGAAGGAGUGUGAGAAGCGUGGGCUGGAGUUCGACGACCGCAUCAACGCCUGGGACAUGCGCUACUACAUGAACCAGGUGGAGGAGACCAAGUACAGCGUGGACCAGAACCUGCUGAAGGAGUAUUUCCCCAUGCAGGUGGUCACCACAGGCCUGCUGGCCAUCUACCAGGAGCUGCUGGGCCUCACAUUCCACCUGGAGGAGAAGGCUCAGGUGUGGCACGAGGACGUGCAGCUCUACACCGUGAAGGACACCACCUCCGGGGAGGUCAUCGGCAAGUUCUACCUGGACCUCUACCCACGGGAAGGGAAGUAUGGCCACGCUGCCUGCUUCGGCCUGCAGCCAGGCUGCCUCCUGCCAGACUCCAGCAGGCAGAUCUCAGUGGCUGCCAUGGUGGCCAAUUUCACCAAGCCCACCCCAGAUGCCCCUUCCCUGCUGCAGCAUGAUGAGGUGGAGACCUACUUCCACGAGUUUGGGCACGUCAUGCACCAGCUCUGCUCUCAGGCUGAAUUUGCCAUGUUCAGUGGGACACAUGUGGAGAGGGACUUUGUUGAGGCCCCCUCACAGAUGCUGGAGAACUGGGUGUGGGAGAAGGAGCCUCUGCUGCGCAUGUCCAGGCACUACAAAACUGGCAGCCCCAUCCCUGAUGAGCUGCUGGAGAAGCUCAUUAAAUCCAGGCAGGCAAACACAGGGCUCUUCAACCUGCGCCAGAUCGUCCUGGCCAAGGUGGAUCAGGCUCUGCACACCCAGACCAAGGCUGACCCCGUGGAGGUGUUUGCCCAGCUGUGUGAGGAGGUGCUGGGUGUCCCUGCCACCCCAGGCACCAACAUGCCGGCCACCUUCGGCCACCUGGCCGGCGGCUACGACGCGCAGUACUAUGGCUACCUCUGGAGCGAGGUCUACUCCAUGGACAUGUUCCACACACGCUUCAAGCAGGAGGGCAUCAUGAACGGCAAGGUGGGGAUGGAUUACAGGAGCUGCAUCCUGCACCCUGGUGGCUCCCUGGACGCCUCUGACAUGCUGAGGAAGUUCCUGGGCCGUGAUCCCAAGCAGGAUGCCUUCCUGGCCAGCAAAGGACUGAAGGUGGAGAGCAACUCCCUGCCUUCAGCCUGCUGAGAAGCUGCUGCAGCCCCAGCUGAGUCCUGCCAGCUCCUGUGCCCACUCCCCAGUGCCCUCAGGCCGAGCCACCCUCCCCCAACCCCGGGGCCUGCUGUCACCAGACUGCAUCCUGGGCCAGCCCUGCCCUCCAGGAGCCUGCUCUCAGCUCAAAGCCUGACCUUGAGCUGGGCUUCAGCUUAGCUCUGGUCCAGGGCUGCGUGGUGACAGCUCUCACUUGGCCUUGGCAGCCCUCCCGAGGUGGGAGGGGGCUGUGGCUGGCAGCCCCCAGCAGCUGCCUGAGCUCUGGAGCUGAUCUCUGCCCCAGGGUGGAGUUUGCAGCUGGGGAGGAGGGGAGAGGAGUCCCCAGGCUUCAGCCCUUCUCUUCAAUCCCUUCUUGGGAAGAAAUGAGGCUGCCCCCUGGGCUGGGCCUGCUUUGUGCCCUGGGGCAUGGAAACAAACAGCCUGAGGGAGCUGCUCCCCCCACCAGGCACCCCCCAGA